CACGGACAUAUAUUCCCGCAUUCCUGAGCUGCCGGACAAAGAGAGCGAGAGUGAUUCUUCAGAUUCGUCUUGAUGACCUUACGUUUUUCGCGAGUCCAGCUUCGAGUAAAAAUUAAAUUUAUCAGUUGCCAUCGUAUGCACCCUCAUGUGGUACCACAAAUUCGCAGCACGGUCCAAGAUAGAGAAAGAGAGAGAGGAAGUGGACAUGGCGAAGAAGUGAUAGUGUGGCCGCAGGAACCAAUAUUGGGAAUUCCUUCGUGGAAUAUAAAUCCGCUGUCCAUGUCAUGUACAUAAAAUGCGUAAUCUUUACUCUCCACGCGUAUCCAUUCCCUUCCUCAUCGCUAAAUCGCUUGCCGCCUCCGGCCCUGCCGGGAGUUUGCUAAGGAUGGAGGCGGCGGGAAAAAGACAGAGAUAAGGAGAGGCGAGGUCCGGACAGAAGACAUCGAGGGACAGUUCAGUGGCCCCUCCUCCUCUUCCCUUCUUCGCGCCGCGCCUUAUAGCAAAGGCCACCAGCUCCUUGUCCUAUUUUUGACGUCAUCAGCGGUGAAGGUAGACAGCAGGGGGUGGCACGCGCGCAUGCGCUCGCGCGCGCAGUUCACGGAGAUGGUGAACGUCCUGCCUGACUCUCACUCGCGACGGUGCGAGGUCUGCUGCGGCGGUCCACCACGGUGGCGGCGGAGCAGUGAACAGCGAUACGUCGCGUGAAAAGAAGGUUCUCGGAUACGGCCGAAUAAAGGCGCGCACCGCGUUUAAUUGCGAUCGCGCGAACAGUCAGCGGGUGCGCGUAGCCGCCGUCGCCGCAAGGAUCAUCCGGAGCUGUCGUUUGCCAUUGCCGAUGAUAGUGUCCGCCGAGUGUCGUCGAGUAUUUCAGACAACGAAUUGCCACACACAGCCGCGUCAACGCGACUUUCCCCGAUUAUGGAUAGGAGAGAGCGCAGUGACGAGCAACGCGAGUGCCUAUAUCGAGUUUAUUUGUGAACCAUAUUGAAGACAACGAAAGAAGAGACAAUCGCGGUUCCGUGCCGUGUUCACCAAGUGCUGUCACUCUAGAGAUUGAAUACCAGGUCACAAAAUGGUAUCGAGGCGGAAGAUACUUUCGCGCUCGCGAGAUAAUCUCGUAGAAUCGCAAUAUGAGGAACAAGACGAGGAGGAUAUAUGGUAUAAUCUGGAUAAAUUGUAUAAGGAUCAUAUACAAGAAGUCUUAGAUAAAUGGAAUCAAAUAGAUGACGAAAUUUGGGCGAAAGUCAUCGUCUUCGAGAGAAAUAGACGGGUUGCGAAAGCGUAUGCCAGAGCACCUGUUCUCACGAUAAAUGGCUCGAAUGACGGAUUUGAUGGAUUCAGGAUAGGACUUUGUGGAUUUGACAAUCCCAUGCGGGAUCCGAAAACGGAGGAAGCCAAACGUCACAUAAAUCAAGGAGUUAAAAUAAAAAUGGACGAGCAGGGCAAUAUACUUAUCAAAAGAUUAUGUAAGAAUAACGUGUACGUCAAGUCGACGAAUCAAGAGGACAACGCAAUUGGGCCGGAAAUUAUACGUAAUUCGCAAGGCGCGCUCGAACACGAAAAACCCGGAAAGUUGUUCGACAUGAAUAAAUUCCAAACAAAUCUGUCGCGGGAAACGCGAAGGGCUUAUCCGGACAGACGGCGAUUGGAAAUGCAGUGUCUGAGCGCUAUCAUAUUCGUAAGAACGGAAGCCGACUUACUUCAAUGUCCCGUAUGGGUACUCAUUGUCAAUGUAGUCGGACUGGACAUGCUCAAAUCAAAACUGCCACCAGUUUUAGCACUACAAAGGCCGGUAGAUAUAAAGAAUAGACCUAGAAUACCAAUCCCUGACGAAGAUCCUUAUAGCGUGGCCGGCGUGUCAUCGUCUGUAGGUCCUAGCGAAUUAAUGCCGGCGGACAGAGAUUCGCGAGAGCAAAUCUAUAUGCAAUCGACGAGUUAUCACCAUCGACGCGCAGAGAGACCGCCGAAAUUGCCCCCUCGAGAAAAUCUCUACGGCCACGGUAUCCCAAAGCCUGAUUAUGACGAUAUAGAAGAUGACUAUAGCAGAGCGAUAAAGCAUCCUAUAAUGAACGAGGAGAAGCGAAGUAAACACGACGACAGGAAAAAAUAUGACGACCCAUAUUAUUGCGGUUUACGAGCGCGUGUGCCCAAUUUCGUUAAAAUGGCGAGGAAUGGUCAUAGUAAGAUGGGUCCUCUGCCUCCUCGAGGACACUCCAGGACACAGCAGGCGCCGUCUUACGCGGGUGCCGCAUAUGCUAGUAGUCAAUCUUCUCAGAUAUAUGGGCAUUUACCUGCCCAUCGACCACCCAUCAUGUAUCACGCUAGAAGUUUUGAAAGUGGACUUGGAACGAGUCACCGUAUAACCACAUAUAUGGAAGGUUACCGAUCCCGACGAGAGGCGUAAUACCUCCGACACCGCGUGCUAUGUAUAUUGGAGAGUGGGAUUAGAUAUAAGGAAUAUCUCGGCGUUUGUACUUAUAAACUCUCUGUAUAUUGUUAAUACACCAUAUAAAUACUCAUAUUUUUAUGCUAGCAUCUA